CUGGUUGUGAGGAUGCAGCACGAUCUGCUCUGGAUGGGCUUCCUCUUUUUCAAUAUGCCUUCCUGUGGACAUACUGAAGGGACACCUACACUGACUGCAGAUAAAACUAUUCUACCAGCAGGGGGCAGUGUAACUCUGACCUGCACUGUUGAUAAUUCAGGUCACGACAUUCACUGGUACAGACAUGAUUCUGAGUUGUCUGCAGGUCAGAUUAUGGAAAAUACAAGAGACAGAUUCCUCAAGCUCUCAAAAGGAGGUCUGUACAGCUGCAGAGGAGGAAAACGAGGAAAUGGAAAUGUAAUUUCCUACACAAGUUACAGCAACAAGGUCACUAUUGAGGAAACCCUUCCUUUUAAAGUCACUGUGACUUUGGACCAUAAUUGGCCUCGGAUUUACGGAGGAGAGACGGUCACUAUCAGAUGUGAAAUCCAGGGAGGUGGACAAAGUAACUGGACCUAUGAAUGCAGAAAAAAUCAAACAAUUGAGAAGACAGGAACUUCAAGUGAAUACAGGAUCAUCAAAGCUAAACAGUCUGACAGUGGAGAGUACAGCUGCAGAGGAAGAAGAGACAGGUUUUCCUCUACAGAGUGGAGUGAUGCUGUCUCAUUAACUGUAUAUGAGUUUGUCCCUGUCCUCUCUGUGUCUCCAUCAUGGCUGAGUCCUGGAGCCUCAGUGACUCUGAGCUGUGAGGUUGAAGAACCGUCUGCCAGAUGGAGGUUCUUCUGGUAUAAAGCUGUUCCUGCACCACCAGUCAGUCCCUACAACUUUAAGCUGCUGCUGCCUAUUAGCAUCAAUGGGACUAUAGACAAUUCCCAUAUUGUUCAUGGACAGACAAGUACUGCAGGAUACGUGUGUGAAGCAAGACGAGGGGAACAAGUUGUGAAAAGCAAACCGAAGUUUGUGUGGUCUGCAGAUUUUCAACCCGGACCCUCUCUCAAAGUAAAUCCUGAGAGAGUUCAACACUUCAGCUCUGAUUCGGUCUCUUUCCACUGUGAAGGAAACUCUACUGCCUGGAGACUGAUGAGGGUUACAGAAACGGGCCAGCAUUCACGUUUGAACUCCUCCAACUGGGUAACAGGACAGGAAUCCAUAAUCAAUAACUGGUCUGAUGGUGGAAUAUUCUGGUGUGAGACUGGUUUGGGAGAAUUCAGCAAUGCAGUUAACAUCACUUUACAGACAGAUGAUUAUCAUGAUGGUGUUAUCCUGGUGAGCCCUGUUCAUCCUGUGACUGAAGGAGAUCCUGUUACUCUGAGCUGCAGAGAUAAAAAACAAAAUCUUCUCUCCAAUGUGUUUUUCUAUCAUAAUAAUAAACUCAUCAAUAAUGACGGCAGAGAGGAGCUGAAGAUCUCUGCAGUGUCAAAGUCAGAUGAAGGUUUCUACAAAUGUCAACAUUCAGGAAAAGAGUCACCAAGGAGCUGGAUGUCUGUUAGAGUGUUUCUUGCAAAUGUUCCCUCUCCUGUCGGCUCUUCAUCUAAUGUGCUGCUGAUCAUUGGACCAUGUAGUGGAAUCCUUCUCAUUGUUCUGCUGUUUUUGUGUUAUUACAUACGGUCCAAAGCUCCUGAAGAGCCCGGGGAAGUUACCUAUGCUCAGAUUGAAGUAAAAAACUUUGGAAAUAAGAGAAGACCUCCGAAAACAGAAGAGUGCGCAGUUUACUCUGAAGUUAAAAGAGGAGCUGCAGAUUUGAUUCCAGUCUAUGCUGACAUCAACCAUCAGAACGAAUCCAAGAAAAGGAGAAAAGGAGAGCAGAGGUCUGCAGUCUUUGAUGUAAUUUAUUCUGAAAUCAAAUCCGUCUCCAUCCUGGAUAACAAUGCUACCAAGCAGGAUGUAGGGUGCUCUGAAUAAAUGUGCAACUUAUUCAUCUCAAUGCAAUCUGUUUGAUUCAUUACACAAGUUAAAAUUCUGAAGAGACAUGCUUACUUAAGCUUAUCUUUAUAUACUUUUCAACUGUACGUUUGUAAUAGAAGCAGUUUUUAAACAUGGAAAAACAUUUUAAAGCUCGUAACAUCUGCUUGGGUUAGGGUUGGAUAAUGAAAUUGAAAGAAAAUCACUUGAUUUCUCUUUUAACAAAUAACUUAACUGUAAAAAUCUUUUUAACAUUUAAAUCAAUGUUGUGCAUGAUAAACAUGCUGUGUAUGUUUUAAGAUGAGCAAAUUAGCGAAGUGGAUAUACAUUCUUGUUGUCAAGUUUAUAACAGUAACUAAUCCAUAUUAAAAUGAGUGAUUUGUUGCAUGAUAAUUUGCAAUGGGUUUAUUAUUUUGCUUAUUAAUAUAUCUACACAACUGCCAAACUUACACUUGAAUUUGCUGUCAAAAUAUUGGUUGUUUAUAGUACCAUUUACUUCAAUUAACACAGUGAUAAAUUCGUUAUGUUCAUGUCAAUAUUUGUUAAAAAGUUUCAUUACUUACUGAUGUGGUUGGAUUUAUUCUGGCAGAUGUUUUGUAUUUUGUUUACCUAACAGUAUCUUGUUAGCUCAUGGGAAAUGAUUUUUCAUCUGCAUGUUUUGACUAAAAAAAGUAAAUAAAAACAUUAA